AGAAUUUAACAAUAACCUGCGUUUUCGCACGUCCACGUAGCCAAGAAAUCUAACACAGUUCCUAAAGCGCGCACUCCCACACCGCGAAGAUACUCACCCUCGACAUCUCCAAAGAGAUUUGUUUUUCUUAAAGAAUCAACAGCAUUAAAAGGAAGAAGGAGUUCAGCUCAGUUACCUCCUUGUGCUCUACCUCUGAGCCGCACUCCACCUUCCCCUUCAUCUCUGUCUUGCCAGCGUCUUUUUCUUUAUCUAGUUGUACCCGUUGUUGGUCUUUCUUUUCUCUUUUCCCCUCUCAUUAUUGCAAGCGUAUUUUCACUCAUUUUACUCUCUGCGUCAGCGAAAACCCUCUCUGUGAGGCUUGUACCAACCAACACGAGUCGUCGACACCUCUCUCUCGCCCCUUCACACGCUCUCGCCAGUUAUAAUACGCCGGUGCACGGAGGAGUUACACACGUCGUGCCGACCACACACGCACACACACACACCGUCUCGCUUGAUCUUUUGAUUGCUUUGCUUUGCUCUACUUUUUCUAUUUGUGCGUUUCCCUUUCGCGGCUUCGCAUCACCAUUAUACCUCUCUGGUUGCUGCCCCGUUUCGCGUGGUUCCUCUGUACCGUGUUUCACCCUUCAUUUUGAUUUGCGCCUCCAGCUCACGGUGCGUUCUCUCGCCUAUCUAUAAGCGUGUUUUAAUAUAUAUACACACACACAUACACACAGAGAGAGAGAAGAUAAAGAAUUGAUUGCAUCAAAGCAAUGGGACAAGCAGUUUCGUGGUACUUUGAGCGGCAGAACGGCCGCAAUGAGGUCGACUUCCCGGCCUACCUCGAUUACAUGUCCUACGGACGCCAGGGCAUCCCCGUGAAGGGAACAGAGAAGGCGGACCGCUCGCCCAUUUAUCGCAUGUCUAAGACAAGUGAUGAGGAAUUCAAGCGCCUGCGCACGGCCUGGUACGAGGACGGCUCCUGUCUGUCCACCGUCGAGGAUAUAUGUCGCGAGCGUGGCAAGAAGACGGCGCUGGCCUAUCGCACGCUGUCGCACAUCGAGAAGCACGAGGAGGUGGCCGAGGAUGGCCGGAAGAAGAUGUUCGAGACGUACGUCUUCCAAACAAAGCACCAGACGAUGAGCUACGAGCUUCUCUGGCAGAACAUCGUGAACUUCGGCAAAGGACUGCGCGAGAUUGGCGUGCAGAAGGGCAACAUCCUAUCCAUCUACGAGGAAACCCGCUGGCAGUGGUUGAACUCGCUGUACAGCUGCUGGUCGCAGGGCAUCGUCGUCUCGACCGUCUACGCCAACUUGGGUGAGGAGGCGCUGCAGUACGCGCUGAACGAGACGCAGUGCCACGCGAUUAUCUGCCGAGGGUCCAAGGUGAAGAGCGUGCAGGCGAUGCUCAAGACGAUCGGCGCGGAGCCGCACACGAAGAUCAUCUACCUGGACGAGCUGCCCGGGGACGUGGACCCCGGUGACUUCGAGUUUUACGCGUGGGGCGAUGUGAUGUUGAAGGGGCAGAGUAGCACGGCCAGCUACCACAUUCCCCGCGGAGAGGACCGCGAUGAGCUGGCGCUGAUCAUGUACACCUCCGGUACGACCGGCAACCCAAAGGGCGUCAUGCACACCCACGGCAGCCUCUACUGCGGUGUGAUGACCAUCGCGGAGCGCAUUCAGGAUAUCAUCGGCGAAAUGAAAGAACAGGAGUGGUACUGCUCCUACCUACCGCUGGCGCACAUCAUGGAGUUCGUGGUGACGUCGGUGUUGAUGAGGCGGGGUGUUAUCAUCGGCUACGGCAGCCCGCGGACCCUGAUGGACACGCACGCGAAGCCGCACGGCGAUCUGUCCGAGUACAAGCCCCUCGUCUUUGCCGCCGUGCCGCGCGUGUUCGACAACAUGAAGAAGGCGGUGGAGGAGAAGCUGCCGAAGCCCGGUACGCUGAAGCGUAAGCUCUUCGAUCAAGCCUACGCGGCUCGCCUCAAGGCUCUCAAAGAGGGCCGCGACACGCCCUUCUACAACGACAAGGUGUUUGCGAUGGCGCGCAGCGUGAUGGGCGGUCACGUGUACGUGAUGAUGAGCGGCGGUGGUCCGCUCUCCGCCGCCACCCAGGAGUUCAUCAAUGUGGUGUUCGGCAUGGUGGUCCAAGGCUGGGGCAUGACGGAGACGGUGUGCGUGGCCGGCAUCCAGCGCACAGGAAACCUCGACUACGACUCGGCCGGUCAGAUUCUCAAGACCGAGGAGAUCCAGCUGCUGGACACGGACGUCUACAAGCACACCGACAAGCCCGAGCCGCGCGGCGAGGUGCUCAUCCGAGGCCCGUUUGUCUUCAAGGGUUACUACAAGCAGCCGGAGCUCACGAAGGAGGCGCUGGACGACGAGGGUUGGUUCCACACGGGCGACGUCGUGGCCGUCGAGGCCUGCGGUGCCGUGCGCGUUGUUGGUCGCGUGAAGGCGCUGGCGAAGAACGCGGUGGGGGAAUACAUCGCCCUCGAAACGCUGGAAUCCAUCUACGGCACCAACGAACUCGCCAUGCUGAACUGCGUCUGUGUGCUCGUGCACCCCCACCGCAGCUACAUCGCGAUGCUCGCCGUGACAAGCGAGAAGCACGUCAAGGCCUUCGUGGAGAAGAACAAGCUGUCCGGCUCGUUCCCGGAGGUGCUGAAGGACAAAGCAUUCCAGAAGGCGGUGCUGCAGAGCUUCCAGAAGACGGGCCGCGAUGCGCACCGCAGCUCGUUUGAGAUUGUGCAGAACCUGAAGCUGGUGACGGACGAGUGGACGCCGGAGAACGGCGCGUUGACGGCCGCCAUGAAGCUGAAGCGCAGCGUCAUCGACGAGAGGUACAAGAAGGAGAUUGCGGAGCUCUUUGCGAAGGAGUAG